UGCCCGCAGCAAUCAGCUGUUGCUCUGUUAAUGUUUUUGUUGUGUGGCUUCCUUAGAGGCGUAGUUUUUUGUUGAUAACUACAUUACUCAUAGCUGAUCCGGACAAAUGGCGCUGGUGGAUCACGACUCCUGGGACAUCGAGUACGAGGGAUGCGAGCGCUUGCGCCAUCAGCUGCUGGUGCACCUUAACCAGCGCCAGCAGCUAAAUUCGAGGGCGAGCGAGUACGACCGACUGACGGCCAGUAUUGAGUCCGGGCUGGAGCAGUUGUCGAAAGAUAUGAAGCACCUGAAGGUCGUGCUGGACAACGCCAUCACCUGGGAGACGAGCCCGGAGGAAGAGCUGCAGCAGCGGCGCAUCGACUGGGACCGACUCACCUCGCAGCUGCGAGAGAUCCGCGAGAAGUUCACAAAGAGCUCGCGAUCCAAAGACGUGACCACCGCCUCCGGAUCCGCUUGGCAGGAUCAGGACCUCGUCUCGGGUCAAGGCAGUUCUUCGCGAGAUACUGCCUUGGACGUGGAAACCCUAAAGCAGCGAAAAAUCGAGAUGUUGGAGCAACAAAACCAAGGACUCGAGGUUUUAUCAGCCACAUUGUCUAGGCAGCGCCAACUCGCCACACAACUGGGUAACGAGGUGGAGGAUCAGAACAACAUCCUGGACAACUUGGCCAAUGCUAUGGACCGCGUGGAGACGGGCGUGCAACGGGAAACUCAGAGUAUUGGACAAGUUAACAGGCGGGACAGCACCUGGGGUUACUGGCUGGUUAUUAUCGCCUUGUUCGUAGCUAUUAUCGUGGUGGUUUUUGUCUAGUGGCCACAUUUCAUUCCAGUUGUUAAACGUCAUUGCUUUAUACUGUGACCCUUGUGGAAUGUCUGUCGUUUACCAAAAGUUUGAUUAUUUAUACACCAAUUAAAGUAGUAUUUAUAAGUA